GUCCAUAAGUUUCAACAAAGACCCCGACAGACAGCCCAGCACAGGCCAAAGAGGAACAGAAGAAGAAAAAAAAAAGACUCGACGUCAGACGUGCAAGCAACCCCCCGACAAACCCAGCGCUGCAGAUUGGACCGUCGGGCUUCGCACGGAGGGGCCCCCAUCCGUCCAUCAAUCCAUCCAUCCAUCAUCGGCGCCCGCCCCAAUCCCACCUGCAUAAGCGUCCUUUGGGGGAGAUCUCCAUGCUGUGGGAUGGGUGCUGUGUCCGUCUCCCGACGUCAGUGCACGGUAAUACGUACUGUACUGUACUGGAUGCGGCGCUUGCAGCUUGAAGAAUGUGGUAGAAGUAGGAACACGGGCCUGACCGUGGGUGCAAGCAAAACGUGCUUGGUGUAAUAGGGCCAGACGCGAGUCCCGUCGGGCAGCGGAAGGCUGAGCCCGGCGCGGGGGCUUUAGUUCCCUUAGGCAACUUGUUGAGCGUCAUUUACACGGAGUGAUUUACUGCUACUGAGGGUACGAGAUAGCCCAGACAAACACUAUAGCGUCGAUUCGUCCUCCCGGGGAUGGAUGGGGCUGUGGGCUCGUACCGCAGCAUAUGCAGCUGUCCCAUCAGCCUCGCCGCGGGACGGCUGAACAUGCGCGCUCGCCGUGAUGCCGUCCCGCGAUCCUCCCCGAUCCCUCCGACUCGGGUUCCGGCCAGCGACGCCACGCCGACCGACGAACUCACAUACGCCUCUCAUCCAGACAGACCGACAGACCGACAGGCAUGCGUACAUACAUGUAUGCACGCCUCGACAUGCCCGUCCCUUCCCACCCGGGGGUUCAGCUUUGCUACGCCUCUUUCCUCCUUCUCUCUUUCUUUCCCUCCUCGAUCCGCUGCUGUCGCUGCUAGGGCCAUUCAUCAGUAGAGCUUCAACACCGUCGUCGUCUCUCUCGUAUCGUGUCGGUGAUCGGGAGCAAGGAUCGCGGUACCUCACCUUGGAGUACUCCCCUGCCCCGACCCGCCGCCAAAGCUCCGCAGCGCCCCAAGUACCGCAGGUACCUCUCGCACGCCUCUCACCUGCGCCGUCGCCUCUCGUUCCCGGCCAACGACUCGACUUGGUCCAAAACACUUUUCCUCGACCUCAACCUCUCCCCCGGUUGCCUGUCGUCGUCGUCCUCCUAUCCUCCCGAAUCCUCCUCUCGCGAGCCUGCCAAAACCCACCAAACCCAUUGACGCCCUAUACGCCUUCUAAUACCAUCCUCACGGCGUCUUGCUUCUUCUCUUCUGUUCUUCCAUCCUUUUCUUAUUAGCGGGUGUGUAGGCAGUUGGCGUGGCGCAACCACUCUUCGUCCCCCCCCCAACGAAUCGUCGAAACGUCUCCCUCGCGGAUCCUCUCGAACCUCUUGUCCUCCCAAGGAUUCAUGACGGCUUGACGGGACAGCUCUCGCCGACUGCGACCCCCUGCCCGACCCGCCACCGACACUCCAUCUCCUCCGACGUAUCCUCCUCCUCCUCCACGCCUCUUCGGCCACCGCCACAUCCAUCAUGGCAGACGCCACGACAAACGGGCGGACGGUGCCCGUCGUCAACGGCAAGGCCUCGUACGCAGAGAAGCACAGCCUCGCAGACCACUUCAUAGGGGGCAACAAGCUGGCCAAUGCGCCCCCGAGCAAGGUCAAGGACUUUGUCGCCCAAAGUGACGGCCACACCGUCAUCACAAAUGUCCUCAUUGCCAACAAUGGCAUCGCCGCCGUCAAGGAGAUCCGCUCCGUGCGGAAAUGGGCGUACGAGACGUUCGGCGACGAGCGCGCCAUCCACUUCACCGUCAUGGCCACCCCCGAGGACCUCCAGGCCAACGCCGACUACAUCCGCAUGGCCGACCACUACGUCGAGGUCCCCGGCGGCACCAACAACCACAACUACGCCAACGUCGAGCUCAUCGUCGACAUCGCUGAGCGCAUGAACGUCCACGCCGUCUGGGCUGGCUGGGGCCACGCCUCCGAAAACCCAAAGCUGCCCGAGUCGCUCGCCGCCUCUCCCAACAAGAUUGUCUUCAUUGGCCCUCCAGGCUCCGCCAUGCGCUCCCUCGGUGACAAGAUCUCCUCCACAAUCGUCGCCCAACACGCCGACGUACCCUGCAUCCCCUGGUCUGGUACCGGCGUUAGCGAGGUCGAGCUGGAUAACAAGGGCAUCGUAACCGUCUCUGACGAGGUCUACGCCAAGGGCUGCGUCACCUCGUGGCAGGAGGGCCUCGAAAAGGCCAAGGAGAUUGGCUUCCCCGUCAUGAUCAAGGCGUCGGAAGGCGGUGGCGGCAAGGGUAUCCGCAAGGCCAUGGGCGAGGAGGGAUUCGAGGCCCUCUACAAGGCCGCCGCCAGCGAGAUCCCGGGCUCCCCCAUCUUCAUCAUGAAGCUGGCCGGCAACGCCAGGCAUCUCGAGGUCCAGCUCCUGGCUGACCAGUACGGCAACAACAUCUCUCUGUUCGGCCGUGACUGCUCCGUCCAGCGCCGCCACCAGAAGAUCAUCGAGGAGGCCCCCGUCACCAUCGCCAAGCCCCACACCUUCAAGGCCAUGGAGGACGCCGCCGUGCGCCUGGGCAGGCUCGUCGGCUACGUCUCCGCCGGUACCGUCGAGUACCUGUACUCGCAUGCCGACGACAAGUUCUACUUCCUCGAGCUGAACCCCCGUCUGCAAGUCGAGCACCCCACCACGGAAAUGGUCAGCGGCGUGAACCUGCCGGCCGCCCAGCUCCAGAUCGCCAUGGGCAUUCCCCUUCAUCGCAUCCGUGACAUCAGGGUGCUCUACGGCAUCGACCCCAAGACGACGAGCGAGAUCGACUUUGAGUUCAAGCGCGAGGGCUCGUCGCAGUCGCUGCGCCGCCCGACGCCCACGGGCCACUGCACGGCCUGCCGCAUCACCUCCGAGGACCCCGGCGAGGGCUUCAAGCCGUCCAACGGUGUCAUGCACGAGCUCAACUUCCGGAGUAGCUCCAACGUCUGGGGCUACUUCUCCGUCGGCACCCAGGGUGGCAUUCACAGCUUCUCCGACAGCCAGUUUGGCCACAUUUUUGCCUACGGCGAGAACCGACAGGCCUCGCGAAAGCACAUGGUCGUCGCCCUCAAGGAGCUGAGCAUUCGCGGCGACUUCAGGACCACCGUCGAGUACCUCAUUAAGCUACUCGAGACGGAGGCCUUUGAGGACAACACCAUCUCGACCGGCUGGUUGGACGAGCUGAUUUCUAAGCGUCUCACCGCCGAGCGGCCCGACACAAUGCUCGCCGUCGUCUGCGGCGCCGUCACCAAGGCGCACAUCGCCAGCGAGGCCUGCAUGGCCGAGUACCGCGCCGGCCUGGAGAAGGGCCAGGUCCCCUCCAAGGACAUCCUCAAGACCGUCUUCACAAUCGACUUCAUCUACGAGGGCUUCCGCUACAAGUUCACCGCCACCCGCGCCAGCUCGGACAGCUACCACCUGUUCAUCAACGGCUCCAAGUGCUCGGUGGGCGUCCGCGCCCUCAGCGACGGCGGCCUCCUCAUCCUGCUCGACGGCCACAGCCACAACGUCUACUGGAAGGAGGAGGUCGGCGCCACCCGUCUGUCCGUCGACAGCAAGACGUGUCUGCUCGAGCAGGAGAACGACCCGACUCAGCUUCGCACCCCCAGCCCCGGCAAGCUCGUCAAGUACUCGGUCGAGAACGGCGCCCACGUCAAGGCCGGCCAAACCUUCGCCGAGGUCGAGGUCAUGAAGAUGUACAUGCCCCUGGUCACGCAGGAGGACGGCAUUGUGCAGCUCAUCAAGCAGCCUGGCGCCACGCUCGAGGCCGGUGACAUUCUCGGAAUCCUCGCCCUCGACGACCCCAGCCGCGUCAAGCAGGCGCAGGCCUUUGUCGACAAGCUGCCGCCGUACGGCGAUCCCGUCGUCGUCGGCAACAAGGCCGCUCAGCGAUUCGGUGUCCUCAAGAAUAUCAUCAUGAACAUUUUGAUGGGCUACGACAACUCGGUCAUCAUGGCGCACUCCCUCAAGGAGCUUAUCGAGGUGCUGCGUAACCCCGAGCUGCCCUACAGCGAGUGGAACGCACAGUUCUCUGCCCUGCACGCCCGCAUGCCGCAGAAGCUCGACACCCUCUUCGGCCAGAUUGUGGACAAGGCCAGGGCCCGCCAUGUCGAGUUCCCCGCCAAAGCUCUGCAAAAGGCUUUCCAGAAGUUCCUCGACGAGAGUGUCGCCGACGCCGACGCCGAUAUGCUGAAGACGACACUGGCCCCCCUUACCGAGAUCCUCGAGAUCUACGCCGACGGCCAAAAGGCGCGCGAGCUGCACUUUGUCCAGAGCCUGCUCGACACGUACUGGGAGGUCGAGCGCCUUUUCUCCACCCAGACCCAGGAGGACAGCGUCGUCCUGAAGCUGCGUGACCAGAACAAGGACAGCAUCAACAAGGUCGUGCAGACGGUCCUCUCUCAUAGCCGCGUCAGCGCCAAGAGCUCCCUCGUGCUCGCCAUUCUAGACGAGUAUCGCCCCAACAAGCCCAACGUCGGCAACAUCAGCAAGUACCUGCGCGACUCGCUCCGCAGGCUCACCGAGCUUUCGUCUCGCGCCACGUCCAAGGUCUCGCUCAAGGCUCGUGAGAUCAUGAUUCAGUGCUCGCUGCCUUCCCUGGAGGAGCGCACCGCCCAGAUGGAGCACAUCCUGCGCUCCUCCGUUGUCGAGUCGCGCUAUGGCGAGAGCGGCUGGGACCACCGGGAACCCAACCUCGAGGUCAUCAAGGAGGUCGUCGACUCCAAGUACACCGUCUUCGACGUGCUGCCGCUCUUCUUCGCCCAUGAGGACCCGUGGGUGGCGCUGGCUUCGCUCGAGGUCUACGUCCGCCGCGCGUACCGUGCUUAUAUUCUCAAGCAGAUUGAGUACCACAGUGACGAGACGGACUCGCCCCUCUACGUAUCUUGGGACUUCCAGCUGCGCAAGAUUGGCCAGUCCGAGUUCGGCCUUCCGCUCCAGUCGGCCGCGCCGUCGACGCCCGGCACUCCCAGCGCCUCCAAUGAGCUCAACAUGAAGCGCAUAUACUCCAUCAGCGACAUGUCGUACCUCACCAGCAAGUGGGAGGACGAGCCCACGCGCAAGGGUAUCAUUGUGCCCUGCAAGUACGUGGACGAGGCCGAGGAGCUGAUCCAGAAGGCGCUCGAGACACUCGCUUUCCACAACAAGCAGAAGAAGCAGCAGAAUGGCACCCAGAUUCUUGCAGACCUGAACGACAAGCGCAAGCCGCUCAGCUCCAUCAAGAACGCCGCCAAGAAGGACGACGAGCUGUCGGCGGUCAUCAACGUGGCGAUCCGGGAUGUCGAGGGCGCCGAUGACCAGGAGCUCAUGUCUCGCAUCCGGCCCAUCGUCCAGCAGUUGAAGGGCGAGCUGCUUGCGCGUGGCGUGCGCCGCCUGACCUUCAUCUGCGGCCACAACGACGGCUCAUACCCUGGAUACUACACCUUCCGCGGUCCCGAGUAUGAGGAGGACGACAGCAUCCGCCACAGCGAGCCUGCUCUGGCCUUCCAGCUGGAGCUUGCCCGUCUUGCCAAGUUCCACAUCAAGCCUGUGUUCACGGAAAACAAAAAUAUUCACGUGUACGAGGCUGUUGGCAAGGCCGUCGACACUGACAAGCGCUACUUCACUCGUGCUGUCAUCCGACCUGGCCGUCUCCGCGAUGAGAUCCCCACCGCCGAGUACCUCAUCUCCGAGGCGGACCGUGUCAUCAACGAUAUCUUUGAUGCGCUUGAGAUCAUCGGCAACAACUCAUCGGAUCUCAACCACAUCUUCAUGAACUUCAGCCCCGUCUUCCAGCUGGACCCCCAGCAAGUCGAGCAGAGCCUUCAGGGCUUCCUGGACCGCUUCGGCGCUCGCGGCUGGAGAUUGCGUGUCGCCCAGGUCGAGAUCCGCAUCAUCUGCACGGAUCCCGCCACCGGCGCCCCCUACCCUCUGCGUGUCGUCAUCACCAACACGUCCGGCUACGUUGUCGAUGUCGACAUGUAUGCCGAGCGCAAGUCGGAGAAGGGCGAAUGGGUCUUCCACAGCAUCGGCGGCACCAAGGAGAAGGGCCCUCUGCACCUCCUGUCCGUCUCGACGCCUUAUGCGACCAAGAACGCCCUCCAGCCCAAGCGGUACAAGGCGCAUCUCAUGGGAACGCAGUACGUGUACGACUUCCCCGAGCUCUUCCGCCAGGCCAUUCAGAAUAGCUGGGUCAAGGCCGUCAAGAACCAGCCUGCCAUUGCGUCGCAGCAGCCCAAGGUGGGCGAGUGCAUCACGUUCACCGAGCUCGUCCUCGACGACAAGGACAAUCUCGACGAGGUCAAUCGCGAGCCCGGCACGAAUACGUGCGGCAUGGUUGGGUGGAUCUUCAAGGCCCGCACGCCUGAGUAUCCUGGGGGCCGUCGCUUCAUCGUCGUCGCCAACGACAUCACGUACAAGAUCGGCUCGUUCGGACCCAAGGAAGAUAACUUCUUCCACAAGUGCACCGAGCUGGCCCGCAAGCUGGGCAUCCCGCGCAUCUACCUGUCGGCCAACUCGGGUGCCCGCCUGGGCCUGGCUGAGGAGCUGAUGCCUCACUUCAAGGUGGCCUGGAACGACCCUGAGAAGCAGGACCAGGGCUUCCGGUACCUGUACCUCGAUGACAAGGCCCUCGAGCGUUUCAAGGACGACGUCAUCACCGAGGAGGUGUCCGAGGACGGUGAGAAGCGCCACAAAAUUGUCACCAUUAUUGGCAACGAGGACGGUCUCGGUGUUGAGUGCUUGAGGGGCUCUGGUCUGAUUGCCGGUGCGACCAGCCGGGCGUACAAUGACAUUUUCACGGUGACGCUUGUCACCUGCCGAUCAGUUGGUAUCGGGGCCUACCUUGUCCGUCUCGGACAGCGUGCAGUCCAGAUCGAAGGGCAGCCCAUCAUCCUUACGGGUGCUCCGGCCCUCAACAACCUGCUGGGCCGCGAGGUCUACACAUCCAACCUGCAGCUUGGCGGCACGCAAAUCAUGUACCGCAACGGUGUGUCGCACAUGACGGCCAAUGACGACUUUGCCGGCGUGUCGCGCAUCGUCGAGUGGAUGUCGUUUGUGCCCGAGAAGCGCAACGGCCCCGUGCCCGUCAGCCCAAGCGCGGACAACUGGGAUCGCGACGUGGUCUACUGCCCGCCGCAGAAGCAGGCAUAUGACGUGCGGUGGAUGAUCUCCGGCAAGCACGACGACGACGGCAGCUUCCAGAGCGGCCUCUUCGACAAGGAUUCAUUUGUCGAGACGCUGGGCGGCUGGGCCCGCACCGUCGUCGUCGGUCGUGCGCGUCUGGGCGGCAUCCCCAUGGGUGUCAUCGCCGUCGAGACGCGCAGCGUCGAGAACAUCACACCGGCCGAUCCUGCCAACCCCGACUCGAUGGAGCAGGUGAGCAACGAGGCGGGCGGCGUGUGGUACCCCAACUCGGCGUUCAAGACGGCGCAGGCCAUCAACGACUUCAACAACGGCGAGCAGCUGCCGCUGAUGAUUUUGGCCAACUGGAGAGGUUUCUCUGGUGGCCAGCGCGACAUGUACAACGAGGUGCUCAAGUACGGCUCGUUCAUCGUCGACGCCCUCGUCAAGUACGAGCAGCCCAUCUUUGUGUACAUCCCGCCCUUUGGCGAGCUGCGCGGUGGCUCGUGGGUCGUGGUGGACCCGACUAUCAACCCGACGGCCAUGGAGAUGUAUGCCGAUGUUGAGGCGCGCGGUGGCGUGCUGGAGCCCGAGGGCAUCAUCGGCAUCAAGUACCGCAAGGAGAAGCAGCUGGAGACGAUGGCGCGCAACGACCCGACGUACGCCAGCCUGAGGAAGAAGCUGGAGAACGAGGAUCUGGCGCCCGAGGAGGCGGCGGCGAUCAAGAAGCAGAUGGUGGCGCGGGAGAAGCAGCUGCUGCCCGUGUACGCGCAGAUUGCGGUGCAGUUCGCGGACCUGCACGACCGCGCGGGCCGCAUGAAGGCCAAGGGCACGAUCCGGGAGGUGCUCGAGUGGAGCAACGCUCGCCGGUACUUUUACUGGCGCCUCCGCCGCAGACUCAACGAGGAGUACGUACUCAAGCGGAUGGCGACGAGCGCGGUCUCCUCGGGUGCUGCGCAGACCGGGUCGGCCAAGGCGGGCGAGACGCGGGAGCGCAACCUGCAGCUGCUGGAGAGCUGGUCGGGCAUCGUUGGCUGGUCGCAAAAGGACCGCGAGGUGGCCGAGUGGUACGAGCGCGAGCGCAAGACGAUUGGGGACAAGGUGGAGGUGCUCAAGGCCGAGCAGCUGUCGGCGGAGCUGUCGGCGCUGGUGCGCGGACACAAGGAGGCGGGCUUCAAGGGCGUGCGCGAGGUGCUGAGGGUGAUGCCCGUGGAGGAGCGGGAGGCCAUCCUCAAGUACCUCAAGGAGUGAGGCAACCAAGACUGAGUGUGGGGGGUUCUCCGGUUUCGUUUGAUGCCCUGUUUGUCACGCACGUAUGUAUACCUCAUGGGAGACGAGUGUAUGGAUGGCGCCUGUGUUGUUAUAGAGCAUGGUCAUGAGCAAUGUCUCGAUUGGUUUAGAUUUUGCCCGCCGCGAUAUGCAUGUGCGGGUUUAGUUUACAAGUGAUGUACAUGUGUG